AUGGCUCGUAAUGAACCAUCCCAGCAGCCGAGUAGUUCCGGAAGUAAUGGAACUUCAUCAGCAUCACAAAACGGGUCAGCAAAACCAUCUAAAGUUACAGUAAAAGUUGUCAACGCUUCGUUUACAAAACCAUGCGACUGUUAUGUCGAAAUCACGAGUGACACGUCAUCAGCCGCGCCAAAAAAGACGACGGUGAAGAAGAAGACGUCGGCGCCUGAGUGGAACGAACAUCUGAAUGUUCAUGCAAAUGAAACAUCAACACUGUCUUUUCGACUACUGCAAAAGGCAAAACUUUUUGAAGAUACGUGUCUUGGAAUGGCAAAAAUAAAGUUGGCUAAUGUUGGAAAAACGGAAAACGGAGAGUUUAAAGCGGACAUCAACAACAUUUCUCUUCUGGCAAAAGACUCUUCUAAAAUGGGAACUCUCAAUGUAAUUUUCUCGGGUUACGCGGAAAGAAAGCGGAGGAGUGCUGGGCAGAGAGCUGAAACUGCUGUGUCUGCAAGUUCUGAAGCAUCAACAUCUAAUGGUGUUGUACCAACAGCUUCUGCUUCUUCCGGUGGAAGAAGACCUGCUACAGCAAAAAGGGAUACAUUGGCUGUACCAGCGAAUGGAGUAGCAGGGGCAAAUACGUCUGGAGGUGGUACAACAACUGGAACAACACCAGAAGAAGCAUUACCUGAAGGAUGGGAAAUGAGAUUUGAUCAAUAUGGACGGAAGUACUACGUGGAUCAUACAACAAAAUCUACUACGUGGGAAAGGCCAUCGACACAACCACUCCCGCAGGGAUGGGAAAUGAGAAGAGAUCCUAGGGGAAGAGUAUAUUAUGUUGACCAUAACACACGUACUACAACGUGGCAACGCCCAACAGCGGAUAUGCUAGAGGCACACGAACAAUGGCAAUCUGGAAGAGACCAAGCAAUGAUUCAAUGGGAACAACGAUUCCUUCUACAACAAAACAAUUUUAGUGCUGAUGAUCCGUUGGGACCACUUCCUGAAGGAUGGGAGAAGAGACAGGAUCCAAACACCGGGCGCAUGUAUUUUGUGAACCAUGUGAACAGAACAACGCAAUGGGAAGAUCCUAGAACUCAGGGUGGAUCCGAUCAACCACUUCCAGACGGUUGGGAAAUGAGAUUCACCGAGCAAGGAGUACCAUUUUUCAUUGAUCAUCACUCUAAAACUACUACUUACAAUGAUCCGAGAACCGGAAAACCUGUUGGACCAUUAGGAGUUGUUGGUGUACAAAUGGCGAUGGAAAAGAGUUUCAGAUGGAAAAUUGCUCAAUUCAGAUAUUUGUGUUUGUCGAACAGUGUACCAAAUCAUGUAAAAAUCACCGUAUCCCGUAACAAUGUAUUCGAAGAUUCAUUCCAAGAAAUAAUGCGAAAAAAUGCUGUUGAUCUCCGCCGACGUCUCUAUAUUCAAUUCCGUGGUGAAGAAGGAUUGGAUUACGGUGGUGUGGCAAGAGAAUGGUUCUUCCUUUUAUCUCAUGAAGUCCUCAAUCCAAUGUAUUGCUUGUUUAUGUAUGCUGGUAAUAACAAUUAUAGUCUUCAAAUCAAUCCGGCAUCUUUCGUUAAUCCGGAUCACUUGAAAUAUUUCGAGUAUAUUGGACGAUUUAUUGCCAUGGCUCUAUUCCACGGGAAAUUCAUCUACAGCGGUUUCACAAUGCCAUUCUAUAAGAAGAUGUUGAAUAAAAAAAUAGUAUUAAAAGAUAUUGAACAAGUGGAUUCUGAAAUUUAUAAUUCAUUGAUGUGGAUCAAGGAUAACAACAUUGACGAAUGCGAUAUGGAAUUAUAUUUUGUUGCCGAUUAUGAAUUACUUGGAGAACUGAAAACAUAUGAGUUGAAGGAAGGAGGAACAGACAUGGCGGUUACUGAAGCUAAUAAGUUGGAAUAUAUUGAAUUGCUAGUUGAAUGGCGGUUCAACAGGGGCGUCGAGCAACAAACGAAAGCGUUCUUCACCGGUUUCAACUCAGUUUUCCCACUGGAAUGGAUGCAAUACUUUGAUGAAAGAGAACUCGAACUGCUGCUCUGUGGAAUGCAAGAUGUAGAUGUUGAUGAUUGGCAAAGAAAUACUGUGUACAGACAUUACGCACCACAAUCUAAACAGGUCACUUGGUUCUGGCAAUGGGUUCGGAGUCUCGAUCAGGAGAAACGUGCUCGUCUCCUCCAAUUCGUCACCGGAACUUGCAGAGUUCCAGUUGGUGGUUUCUCUGAACUCAUGGGUUCCACAGGUCCACAACUUUUCUGUAUUGAACGUGUUGGAAAAGAGAAUUGGCUCCCAAGAUCACAUACAUGCUUCAAUCGACUCGACCUUCCGCCUUAUAGAUCUUAUGAACAACUUUGUGAAAAGUUGAGUAUGGCUAUUGAGAUGACGGAAGGAUUCGGAAAUGAGUAG